AUGUCGCCCGUACCAGUCCAAGUCAAUUCCUCCUCCAAGCUACCAUCCCCCGGGUUCAAUGCCGGUGCGCGACCAUAUCGAUCUCACAAGGUCCGCGCCUGCGAUCUUUGUCGCAAGCGCAAGUCGCGAUGCACCGUUGAUAUCCCAGGUCAAUCCUGUCUCUUGUGUCGCGUGCAGGGUGCCGACUGCCACUACCAAGAAGAGGCUAAUGCAGACACUUCGGUGAUGAGUGCGCCGGAGCAAAAGUCCUGGUCGGGUCCUCCGCCGCUGUCGGGGGUGACAGCGGUGGAAGCCGUGCCGGGGCAGAAGCGCAAGCGCAGCCCCGACGACUUUGCCCACUCGGGUCAGAAUGUCCCGCCCCGUCAGCCGAUCAACGGUCCUAGCCCUCAUGGAACAAAUUCGUCGAGUGGUCGCCGAGGAAGCGAUGCGCGGCGCAAAGAUGCAGACGACCCGCAAAACGAAUCGGUUCUCAUUGUUGGCCCAAUGGUCGCAGAAGAUGCUCAAGUCAUUGAGAAACACAUGCCUCCAGAACAGAGGAGUCUGUCAGAAGAGCCCAAGAGCCACCCAUAUAACAUCUACUCCAGCGAUCCGCGGAAGCCAGUGCUAUACACCACAAUCUCACGACGACGGAAGGGUAUGCGCAGAGGCACGCCUCCCGGUGAAAACCAGAAGGAAGUUCUCGAACAAAUACUCGGGCCAUUUAGGCAUGACCUUGUGAAAUUAUUCCUCGAUCGAUUCAAUGUUUCUUUUCCCAUCUUCGACGGAGAAUCAUUUUGGGAAUCUUAUAUUGCCGAAGACCUGCAAGACCCCCCAGCCGCGCUCGUAUGCCAGGUCUAUUCCAUGUCUCUCGUCUACUGGAAACACACACAAAAGCUCGCUUGUCAUCCAAAGCCCGAUGUUCGAUAUGCGGUCAACAUGACCGUCGCUGCUUUGCACGAGGAGUUCUCCGCCCCGGGAUUAGACACAAUCAGCGCGGCGCUGAUUGAUCUAACGGGCCGACCCAUCUUUUCCAUGACUGGAAAUGCCGUCAGCUGUGGGCGCAUGCUAUCAUUGGCGAACUGCCUUGGUCUGAACCGUGAUCCCAACAGUUGGAAGCUCUCACAGGCCGAGAAAGACCAAAGAAUUCGCUUGUGGUGGGGCGUUGUAAUUCACGAUCGUUGGGGAAGUUUCGGUCAUGGGGUACCGCCCCAGAUCUCAAAAAAUCAAUACGAUGUUCCCUUACCUACCGUGGACGUCAUUGUCCCAGCGCACCUUCGCACCACGGAGCGUGUCAGAGCGGCGCAUUGUCAUAUCUACUUGUGUCGAUUGACCGAAACGCUCGGUGAGCUAUUGCCGCUGGUUUAUGGGUUACAACAUAAACCCGCGCGAGAGACCUCAAAGAAGCUCAGGCAGAUCCGCACGGAUCUAGACAUGUGGGAAGACUCACUCCCAGACUGGCUGAGAGGACCUUCAAUACAUCCCGGGGAACGCGUUUACGGGGCCAGCAGCUUGCAAUUGGCCUUCUUGGCUGUCAAGAUGCUCGUCAGUCGAGUGGAACUUAACGAGGUCAACAAUUCAGAGACAGAAAACACUGAAGCACGCCGAUAUUUCCAGACUGAAUGUCGGAGGUCGGCCGAGGAGAUUGUUAGCUUCAUGACUUCUUUGCGUAAAGACCAUUUCAAAGAGUUCUGGCUCCCUUACAGCGCCUUCCACCUCACGUCGACAGCCACUCUCCUUAUUCGGUGUGCGUUUGAGACUAGCGACAGUGAAGUCGCACGAUCAUGUCUUGCUAACGUCGAAACCCUGCGCUCGGUCCUCCGCCGCGUGCGAGAAGAAGAGGACUGGGAUGUCGCAGACAUGUGUCUGGACCAUUGUGAACGUAUAAUGCACCGACUUCCUGGGACCGGCGACACGAUGGAUCAGGCAUUCACCAAUAGCAUGGCAGACAGCGGGCUUGUCAAUCCUGCCGCGAUUUCGCUCCCGGAAACUCAGACCAACAAUGACAUUGUGGACGACAUGAUGUCAAUCUCCAAUACCUUUGGUACGAUGGAUGGUUUCCCCUUCGACAUGACUGGUAUCUGGGAUGUCUCUGUCUUCCAAGACGUGAACCUCACAUGA